CGCCAUCAGAGAUCCUGUGUUGAGUGCAAAGAGGUGGAAAGGUCACCCUAACCCACCCCGGAUGGCAGACUUCCCUCCAGCCAGACUGCAUUUGUUCAAGCCGGCAUUCUAUUCCAUGGGUGUGGAUUGUUUUGGGCCAUACACCAUCAAAAUCCGACGCAGUAAUGAAAAAAGGUGGGGAAUACUGUUCAAAUGUCUAACUACAAGAGCAGUGCACCUUGACUUGAUCCCCAGUAUGGACACAGAUGCUUUCUUAAUGGCCCUGAGACGCUUUAUAGCUAGGCGUGGGAAACCCAAGGAGAUUCUCUGUGAUCAGGGGACGAACUUCCGAGGAGGAGAACGUGAGAUGCAGGAGGCAUUUCGAGCUCUUCAUCCAGACCUGAAAGAGCAGCUAGCUUGCCAGCAAAUCAAGUUCAUUUUUAACCCUCCUGGUUCCCCACACUUCGGAGGUUGCUGGGAACGUGAAAUUCGCUCACUGAAGACUGCUCUUCAAGUCAUCAUCGGAGCCCAAGUUGUCACUGAAGAGGUGCUGCACACAGUUCUGAUUGAAAUUGAGGGAAUACUCAAUUCAAAACCCCUGGGUUACACCUCAUCUGAAGUAGCGGAUCCUGAUCCAGUGACCCCUAACUACCUCCUCAUGGGGCGGCGGGAUGCUUCGCUGCCACAAGUCAUCUACGACGACCCAGAGAUUCUCGGACGGAGAAGAUGGAGGCACAGCCAGAUUCUUGCAGACCAUUUCUGGCAGAACUUCCUGAAAUACUACCUGCCAGGACUCCAAGCCCGCCAGAAGUGGCAGACUGAAUCAACCAAUCUACAAGUAGGAGAUGUGGUCAUGAUUGUGGACAAUCAGCUUCCGCGAGCACUUUGGCCUGUGGGUAAAGUCUCUCAAGUUUUUCCUGGACCAGACACCCGGAUCAGAUCAGCUGAAGUGACUGUGAAGGGAC